AUGCUCGCAGCACGCUCUUUAUCUACAGAUCUGAACGGCAUCGGCAGCGCCACACUAGCAGUGACGAUUUUGGGCUUAUUGUUGUCCGGACUGGCAAUAGGUCUGCGAUUUGGAGCAAGGCGGAUCAAGCGCGUACCCUUUGAGUUAGACGACUGGCUCAUUCUCCUGGCUACGAUAUCUUACUUUGGCUUCUGCGCGAACGCCCUAGUAUGCGUUUACACAUUGGGAGGUGGACAGGUCUACCAUGACCGUCGCAAUGCACAUAGAAAAUACGUCCAGUACAUGCAGUCGCUAUUCGCCUCUUGCCCGUUGUACAUUAUCACUGCCACCCCGGUUAAACUGUCGGUCUGCUUCCUCUACCGGCGUCUCUUUUCCGGAGAAUACUCCCGCCAGAUAAUCAAGAUCACCAUUGUCUCCUGCAUUCUCUGGUUUGUGACCGGGGUAAUAAGCACCAUGUUAUAUUGCAGACCGAUCCCCUAUUUCUGGGACAAGUCCAUGGAUGGAGGACAAUGUUUCCAUUUCUUCGCUCACUUUGCUGUCUUUGGAGCGGCGAGCAUUAUUAUCGACACAGUCAUUAUUGCAAUAGCGAUACCCGUGGCCCUGGGAUUGAAUAUGAGUCUGCGCAAGCGAGUGGCCGUUGCCGCUGCUUUCUUGCUCAGUACCUUUAUUCUCGUCAGCGGAACAUUGCGAAUCGUCUACUCAUACAGCCCUGUCGACGAUGCACGUAAGUACCAGACAGGGAUGACUUUGGGAACUUGCCUAAUAUAG